AUAUAUCAUUGCUCAAUGCAUAAACCUUGUCGUCUGUGUCUAGGAAGGGCCUCUGCUAACACUUCCUGGACUGAAGAGAACUUUUUAUGUUCAAUCUGUCUAGAUGUGUUCAACAGUCCAGUUUCCACACCAUGUGGACACAACUUCUGCAGAACCUGUAUUACAAAGUUCUGGGAUGAACAAGUCAAGUACAAAUGUCCUGUUUGCAACAAACUGUUCCCAACUAGACCUGAUCUACGGGUCAAUACCCUCUUAUCAGAGUUGGCAGCUCAGUUUAGAACGUCUAUACGAGUCAAAGAUCAGCCUUUUGUUGAAUCAGCAGAAGUUCCCUGUGACGUCUGUACUGGGACCCAGCUGAAGGCUGUGAAGUCCUGCCUAGUGUGUCUUAUCUCUUACUGCCAAACCCACCUGGAGCCACAUCAGAGAGUCGCAGUCCUGAAGAAACAUCGGCUGGUCGAGCCUAUGGACCGUCUGGAAGACAGGAUGUGUAAGACACACAAACAACUUCUGGAGCUCUUCUGCAAGACUGAACAGGUGUGUGUAUGUCAGUUCUGCAAAGAGACAGACCACAAGUCCCAUACGGUUGUACCCAUAAAAGAGGAAUUUGAAAUGAAGACGGCCCAGCUGGGGAAGAUAGAUGCGAAAGUUCCACGGAUGAUCCAGGAGAGAAAACGAAAGAUUAAGGAGAUCAAUGACACAUUAGAAAUUAGCAAGAAAGACGCAGACAGAGAGCUAGCUGAUGGUGGGCAGGUCCUCGCUGCUCUGAUGUGCUACAUUAGAAAGUGCCGGGAUGAUUUCAACCGAACGGUUGGAGAGAAACUGAAAUCCACAGAGAAAGAAGCUGAAGACCUCAUCAAAGAGCUGCAGCAGGAAAUAGAAGAUCUGACCAAUAGAAGCUUAGAGGUGAAGAAGCUCUCACACACUAAAGACCACCUCCACUUCCUCCAGGCCUUCAGAUCCCUGAAGGAUCCUCCACCCACCAGGGACUGGACCACGGUGGAGGUCCGUCCUCCGUCAUACGUAGGGACCUUGAGGAGAUCCCUGGAUCAGCUGGAGGAGACACUGAACAUGGAGAUGGAGAAGCUGUCUGGUGAUGCUGAACUGAAGAGGGUCCAGCAGUAUGAAGUAGAUGUGACUCUGGAUCCUGAUACAGCUCUUCCCCGUUUCAACCUCUCUGUUCUCACGAGGCAGAGCUUCUCCUCAGGGAGAUUUUACUUUGAGGUCCAGGUUAAAGACAAGACUACAUGGUGUUUAGGAGUGGCCAGAGAGCCCAUCAAGAGAAAACAUAUGAUCAUAUUGACCCCUAAGAACGGCUCCUGGACUAUUAAAUUCAACAAGGAUGAGUUGGUAUUCAAUGAUGACCCUGCUGUCCGUCUCCCUCUGAGAGCUGAGCUCCAGAAGGUGGGGGUGUUUGUUGAUUAUGAUGAGGGUCUAGUCUCCUUCUACGAUGUGGAAGCCAGGGUUAAUUUAUACUCUGCUACUGGCUGCAACUUUAGUGAGCCUCUCUAUCCAAUCCUCUCUCCAGGAUACCAUAAUUAUGAAGGUAAAAACUCUGCUCCAAUGAUAAUCUCACCAGUCAAUCAAACAGACUUAACGGGAAUGGCCUCUGCUAACACUUCCUGGUCCGAAGAGAACAUUUCAUGUUUCAUCUGUGAGGAUGAGUUCACCAGUCCAGUUACCACUGCAUGUGGACAUAACUUCUGCAGAACCUGCAUUAGUAAUUUCUGGGAUGAACAAGUCCAGUACAAAUGUCCUGUUUGUAAUGAGCUUUUCCACACAAGACCUGAUCUACGGGUUAACACUCUCUUAUCAGAGCUGGCAGCUCAGUUUAGUACGUCCGUACGAGUAAAAGAGCAGCCUUGUGUUAAACCAGCAGAAGUUCCCUGUGACGUCUGUACUGGGACCAAGCUGAAGGCUGUGAAGUCCUGCCUAGUGUGUCUUAUCUCUUUCUGCCAAACCCACCUGGAGCCACAUCAGAGAGUCGCAGGCCUGAAGAAACAUCGGCUGGUCGAGCCUAUGGACCGUCUGGAAGACAGGAUGUGUAAGAAACACAAUCAACUUCUGGAGCUCUUCUGCCAGACUGAACAGGUGUGUGUGUGUCUGUUGUGCACAGUGACAGACCACAAGUCCCAUCCUGUUGUACCUCUAGAGGAGGAAUAUGAAGUGAAGACGGCCCAGCUGGGGAAGAUAGAGGCUGAAGUUCCUCAGAUGAUCCAGGAGAGAAAAGAAAAGAUUAAAAAGAUCAGAGACACAAUAAAAAUUAGCAAGAAAGACGCAGACAGAGAGAUAGCUGAUUGUGGACAGGUCUUCACUACUCUGAUAGGCUGUGUUGAAAUUUGCCGGGAUGAUUUCAACCAAACGGUUAAAGAGAAACUGAAAUCCACAGAGAAACAAGCUGAAGACCUUAUCAAAGAGCUGGAGCAGGAAAUAGAAGAUCUGACCAAUAGAAGCUCAGAGGUGAAGCAGCUCUCACACACUGAAGACCACCUCCACUUCCUCCAGACCUUCAGAUCCCUGAAGGAUCCUCCACCCACCAGGGACUGGACCACGGUGGAGGUCCGUCCUCCGUCAUACGUAGGGACCUUGAGGAGAUCCCUGGAUCAGCUGGAGGAGACACUGAACAUGGAGUUGAAGAAGCUGCCUGACUUGAAACCAGGUGUAAAGAAGUAUGCCUGUGAACUCACACUGGACCCGAACACAGCCCACAGACAUCUCUAUCUGACUGAUAAAAACAGAAAGGUGACACAGCUUGGAGUCGAUUCGUUGUGUUGUCACGGGCCUGAGAGAUUUGACUACAGUAGACAGGUGCUGUGUAGAGAGGGUCUUACUGGCCGCUGUUACUGGGAGGUAGAGAGGGAAGCAAUGGUGGAUAUUGGAGUGACAUACAGAGCGAUCUCCAGGAGAGGAUUCGGAGACAGUGAGCUUGGACACAACAAACAUUCCUGGUGUCUCAAUUGUUGUGAUGAUGAAAAUGAUGAUGGUGAUGAUGUUUACUCUGCCUGGCACAACAGUAGAAAAACAAUCAUACCUCUCCCUCCCUCUGGCUCUACCAGAGUAGGAGUGUAUCUGGACCGGCCUGCUGGCUCUCUGUCCUUCUACAGAGUGUCCCCAGGUGGAGGAGGGUCCUCAGACACACUGACACACAUCCACACCUUCCAGGCCUCCUUCACCCAGGAGGACCUCCUCCCUGGGUUUAAGUUAUAUGAGUCUCGUUCCACAGUGUCUCUGUGUCAGUUAUAGUCCCUCCUUCCCUCCCUCCCUGGUCUCUACAGAGUCAGUGACUUUCAUACUGUUAUAUCUUUUGUGUCGUGAUAAUCUAUAGUCAUGUCUGUUUUUUGUCAUGCCGCU